GCCGCGGACGGGAUAGGCGGGCGGGCCCGCUCGCUCUGCGGGUGGAUGCGGCGGCGGCGAUGGACGCCCUAGAGGAAGAGAGCUUCGCGCUGUCCUUCUCUUCCGCCUCUGAUGCAGAAUUUGAUGCUGUAGUUGGAUAUUUAGAGGACAUUAUCAUGGAUGAUGAGUUCCAGUUAUUACAGAGAAAUUUCAUGGACAAGUACUAUCAGGAGUUUGAAGACACAGAAGAGAAUAAACUCACUUACACACCUAUUUUUAACGAAUACAUUUCUCUGGUGGAAAAGUAUAUUGAAGAACAGCUGCUGGAGCGGAUUCCUGGAUUUAACAUGGCGGCUUUCACCACGACUUUACAGCACCAUAAAGAUGAAGUGGCUGGUGACAUAUUUGACAUGCUGCUCACGUUUACAGAUUUUCUGGCUUUUAAAGAAAUGUUUCUGGACUACAGAGCAGAAAAAGAAGGCUGGGGACUGGACUUAAGCAGUGGUUUAGUGGUGACUUCAUUGUGCAAAUCCUCUUCUGUGCCAGCUUCCCAGAAUGACCUGCGACCCUAGGUCCCACCACCAAGCAAUGGGAUCUUUCUGGAUGUUGCCAGCCCAGUAGAUGGAAGAGGCUCUGGCUAAUGUGACAGAAUACAUGUUAGAA